AUGCAUGAACAAUUUCCUCCCUCUCCACGGAACAUACAGUUCCCGACUUCACCAGCCAGACCCGAUCAUGGAGGUCAGAACAUAUCUGCGGACAACAAUUCUACUCUCCCCUCCAAUCUGGAUUCUGCCAAUGAAGAGUCAAAGUAUACACCUGGACUUUGGUCGUCCGGAGGCAGCACAACAGUCUCCCUCUCUAGCAGCCAAAUUGCACAAAGCAUGACAGUGGGCUCGGUUCUGAACCGGCACUUCCGAGCAAAUAUAGAUACCAAGCAUACUGAUAUAGUCCUCAUAAUUUGUGGGUUUGUUGGUGGCCUGGUUGAUGGGUUGUCAUUCAAUGCAUGGGGCAGUUUUUCGAGCAUGCAAACAGGGAACACUGUUUUCCUAGCUCUAGGUCCUUCCGGUCAGCCUGCCUAUCCGGCAUACCUCUGGGCCAAGUCCCUCAUCGCUCUCAGCGUCUUUGUUACCAGCAACGUUUUCUUCAUUCACCUCCAUCGACUACUAAGCCCACGACGUCGCUCGACAAUGGUUGUCUCGUUCGCUAUUCAGACUUUGGCACUUCUGGCGACAGCAAUCCUUAUCCAGCUCGGUGUGAUUUCCCCAAAACCGGAAGACCCACGUGCCCCCAUUGAAUGGAUGCAAGUCCUCCCGAUCUCCCUUUUAUCCUUCCAAGCUGGAGGUCAGAUAUGCGCUUCUCGUAUUCUUGCACUGGAUGAGAUUCCCACUGUGGUAUUGACAACGCUUCUAUGUGACUUGCUUGUUGAUCCAAAACUCACUGCAAAAUUCAACCCUAAACGCAAUCGAAGAAUCGGGGCUUUUCUGGCUCUUUUCCUUGGUGCAAUGACUGCAGGAGGUCUUUCAAAGGUCACAGGCAUGGCUUCAAGCAUAUGGUUUGCCAUGGGCUUGAAGUUAGCAAUCACAUUGGGAUGGGUUAUUUGGAAGCCAGAGGGAAGAAGUAAGAGCAACAUGGAGGUUUGA